AUGUUGACUUCAUUAUACAUAGCAUUGGCCAUCACGGCGGUGUUUGGAGGAGUUCCAAAUCCUGAAGAAACUAAAAGGAUGAUGGAUCAUCUCUCUGAUGCAGAGCACUAUAGAAAUGAACAUCAUAACAAACAGUUUGACCAUGAUGCAUUCCUCGGAGAAGACCAAGCCAAAACCUUUGAUCAGUUACCACCAGAAGAAAGUAAAAGGAGGCUAGGAAUAAUUGUUGAUAAGAUUGACGCCGACCAUGAUGGAUUUGUGACUCUUGUUGAGUUAAAAGACUGGAUUCGUUACACACAGAAACGUUACAUUGAUGAGGAUGUUGAAAGACAUUGGAAGCAGCACAACCCAGAAAAUUCAGAAACUGUUAGCUGGGAGGCAUACAGAAAGACUGUUUAUGGCUUUAUGGAUGACAUGAGCCCCAGUGAGCUCAGCUCAAAUUCUGAAGGAUUUGCCUACAGAAACCUCAUGAAGAGAGACCGCAGGCGGUGGCACUAUGCUGAUGGAAACCAAGACGAUGCAUUGAACAGGACUGAAUUUGCAUCAUUCCUGCAUCCCGAAGAUCACUCUGGUAUGAGGGAUGUAGUUGUUCUUGAGACAUUGGAAGAUAUUGAUAAGAACAAUGAUGGCAAGGUGUCCCUUGAAGAGUACAUCGGGGACAUGUACAAGCCUGAGGACGGAGAGAGUGUUGAUGAUGAACCAGAUUGGGUGAAACAGGAGAGGGAACAGUUCACUGGUUACAGAGACACAAACAAAGAUGGCUACAUGGAUGAAACAGAAGUGAAGGACUGGAUAGCUCCACCCGAAUUUGACCACGCUGAGGCUGAAGCACGCCAUCUCGUCUUCGAAGCUGACGGUGACGCCGAUGAGAAACUGACGAAGGAGGAAGUUCUUGAUAAAUACGACCUCUUUGUUGGAUCUCAGGCCACAGACUUCGGCGAGGCACUUGCCAGACAUGACGAGUUUUAG